AGUGGAAGAAGAAGUAGUAAGUCAUAUCCCGACUGGGAGUGAUGUUGGAAAUCAGGGAGAUCCUGUUCCACCAGUGCAAGAGGUGCCUGUACAACCCCAACAGGCCUUGUUUGAGCAGAUGACUGGAUUCUUUCGACAGAUGACUGGGGUUGUUCCACCAUUGUCUCAGCAGAAAUCACCUCUAGGAAAAAUUAGGAAGUAUGGAGCUGUAGAUUUCAAUGGUCGAAAGGAAGACGAUUCUGCAGCGGCUAAGUAUUGGUUAGAAAGGACUGAAAGAGUCCUGCAGCAGCUCCAUUGCACACCAGAACAGAGUUUGGAGUGUGCAGUUUCGUUGUUACAAGAAGCUGCAUAUCGAUGGUGGGAUGUCGUAACCAAGGUAGUGCCACCAACAGACAUAACUUGGAAAUUCUUUCUGAUAGAGUUCAGAAAGAAAUAUAUUAGCUGUGUUCACGAAGAGGAACAGAAGAGGAGUGGUGAUCAGCAAAAGAGGAAAUUUGGACAAUCUAGUAAUAAGAGGCCGAGAGAACAGUCAAGUCAGACAUCUGAUCAAAGUAGGAGAUCUAGACCUAGGCCUAUACCCAGAAGAGAUCAACCAGAAAUACUAGUAGUGAGUGCGCCAGGAUUAGCAAGAAAAUGUGGCCAUUGUAACAAGUGGCAUAAAGGUGAAUGUAGGGGAUUGACUGGAGCCUGUUAUAGAUGUGGGGCCAUAGACCAUCGUCUGAAAGAUUGUCCUAAGAGGAAUAUACCACGGACCCAGACAGAGGCCGUGGAAGGACCAAGUACAACAGUAACACCACUUCCAAAUGUCACCCAAGCCGGAGAGGAGCAAGAAGCCCCAGAUGUGAAUUUGAGGUACUGAAGAUUGGACAGAGGGCCCAGUAGACCACAGAUUCGGUAAGGCAGUUCACAGUUCUGCAUAGUGUCUGUGUCACCUCACUGUCUGCAGUGCAU